AAAGCACCCUCUGGAGUUUGAAAAGAGACGAGGCUGCUUUAAGAGAGAAACAGGAAGUUGUAACUAGAAGCCCUCUGAAUGCUAAGCCAUCUGAAUGCUUGUGAAGUAGCAACAAAGUAGCAGCGUUUAUUCUGAAAUUUUGUGGCGGCUAGUCUGUCCUAGGCAAAGCUCUUCGUAGUGCUCACCCCUCAUCCAGGGAUUUCUCUGAGCAUCACGUUCUGGGAGUGGAAUGGCGGGGCAGCUUCGGCUUACAUCAGGGAAGAAUGAAGAUCAUUUUCAACACCAGGGAGCGGUGGAGCUGCUUGCCUUUAAUUUUUUGCUCAUCCUUACCAUUCUAACCAUCUGGCUAUUUAAAAAUCACCGAUUCCGCUUCUUGCAUGAGACUGGAGGCGCGAUGGUGUACGGUCUUAUAAUGGGAUUAAUUUUACGAUAUGCCACAGCACCAACCGAUAUUGAGAGUGGAACCGUCUAUGAGUGUGGGAAAUUGUCAUUUAGCCCGUCAACUCUGCUAGUCAACAUCACGGACCAAGUCUACGAAUAUAAGUACAAGAGAGAAAUCAGCCAACAUAACAUCAGUCCCCACCAAGGCAACGCCAUACUGGAGAAGAUGACAUUUGACCCAGAAAUCUUCUUCAAUGUCUUACUGCCUCCCAUUAUAUUUCAUGCAGGAUACAGUCUGAAGAAGAGGCACUUUUUUCAAAACCUGGGAUCCAUUUUAACAUAUGCCUUCUUGGGAACAGCCAUCUCCUGUGUGGUCAUAGGGUUAAUUAUGUAUGGCUUUGUGAAGGCCAUGGUGCACGCUGGCCAGCUGAAGAGCGGGGACUUCCAUUUCACUGACUGCUUGUUUUUUGGGUCACUGAUGUCUGCUACAGAUCCAGUGACAGUGCUGGCCAUUUUCCAUGAACUACACGUGGACCCCGACCUGUACACACUGCUGUUUGGGGAGAGUGUGCUGAACGAUGCGGUGGCCAUAGUCCUCACAUACUCCAUAUCCAUCUACAGUCCCAAGGAGAAUCCCAACGCGUUUGACACUGCCGCCUUCUUCCAGUCCGUGGGGAACUUCCUAGGGAUCUUCGCUGGCUCCUUUGCAAUGGGCUCCGCGUAUGCAGUUGUCACAGCACUGUUGACCAAAUUUACCAAGCUUUGUGAGUUCCCGAUGCUGGAAACUGGCCUGUUUUUCCUCCUUUCUUGGACUGCCUUCCUGUCUGCAGAGGCUGCCGGCUUAACAGGCAUAGUUGCUGUUCUCUUCUGUGGCGUCACACAGGCACAUUAUACCUACAACAACCUGUCAUCAGAUUCCAAACUGAGGACCAAGCAGUUGUUUGAAUUUAUGAACUUCCUGGCUGAGAACGUCAUCUUCUGCUACAUGGGCCUGGCUCUGUUCACGUUCCAGAAUCACAUUUUCAACGCUCUUUUUAUCCUCGGCGCCUUUCUAGCGAUUUUUGUUGCCAGAGCCUGCAACAUUUAUCCCCUCUCCUUCCUCCUGAAUCUGGGCAGGAAACAGAAGAUCCCCUGGAACUUCCAACACAUGAUGAUGUUUUCAGGCUUGCGGGGCGCCAUCGCCUUCGCCCUGGCCAUCCGCAACACAGAAUCUCAACCCAAACAGAUGAUGUUCACCACCACACUGCUCCUCGUGUUCUUCACUGUCUGGGUGUUUGGAGGAGGAACCACCCCCAUGCUGACGUGGCUUCAGAUCCGAGUUGGUGUGGACACGGAUGACAGUCUGAAGGAAGAGCCCUCCUCACAACAGGAAGCGAAUUCGUUGGGUAAGAACCUGACGAAGACGGAGAGUGCGCAGCUCUUCAGGAUGUGGUAUGGAUUCGAUCAUAAUGCCAAAGAAUGGGAUGCCGAGGGGAAAAGAGGAGAAAAUGACAGCACUGGCCUGCACGAGCAGCAGCAUUGGGAAUUCUUCCAGACCCGGAGGCAGCAGCUCUACAAAUGUCAGAUUAUUCCAAUGAUUCUGAAUGGACCAGGCUUUGGGGGUCCUCUUCCAAAUGCUCUAAAGGUCAUAGGCCCCGUCCACAUCAGCACUGCGUUCGUGGCCAAGUCAUUGCCAGAGCUCUCAGGGACCCGGACACAAUGCGACAAAAGUACUAAAACUUCCAUCUUUACAAAUGGAAGUUUCCGUCCUUUCCUUUAUGAGGUCACUAUGGAGCAACUGAAAGAGGAUGAUGUGGAAUGUAUCGUAAACCAAGAUGAACUUGCCAUGAAUUACCAGGAGCCAGGCUCCUCCCCCAGCAGUCCUGCCACAAAGCUAGCUCUAGACCAGAAGCCUUCACUCCAGACCCCAGGCAAGGAAAACAUCUAUGAGGGAGACCUGGGCCUGGGAGGCUAUGAACUCAAACUUGAGCAGACUCAGGGUCAACCCAAGAUGGACUAAUUGGCAUGAUAAGUGCAGAUGUGAUCACAAGUAACGCAAGACCACUGAGGAAUGCCAACAGCCUAAGAGGUGACUCAGAGAGAGACAGAAAGAGUAUUAAGAACAUAAAUUGGACAGAAUCAAAACCUUGUCACAUGUAUCCUCCCGUGCCUUCAGAAAUGAGAAUUCAUUACCUUCCCUCUGUAUUAUGUAACCUCAUUUAAUUAUCUGACAGCCAUUUUUACUGCUGGAUUGGGGGCCAGGAGAGUAAGGCCUUUGGGAUGAUCCAGAUGUGCAGGGUGUCUGGGGGGGGGGCCUCCUCCUGUUCCUCAGACAGCUCUCCAGGCCCUUUGUGUGGAUUUUGGAUUCUUUUCCCUUAAUUAUGGAGCAUUAAUAACAUGAAGAAAGAGCCCCUGCGCAAAAGCGAUAAUUCUUAUCUCUUAGGACCUGACUCCACUUGUUCUAACCGACUCUAGGGCUAUGUUCAGAGCCGAGUGAGUGUUCAGCGCUCACUCUCGAUGGCCUCAGAGUAUUUGCAUGAGUUGGAGGCCCUGUUGUCCUUGCUGGCACUCUGUCCAUACAGUUCUUCCCACCACUCCAAAGAGCUGCUUGCCUCCAGGUGUGUCUGUGUUAAGCACAGGGCCUCUUGCCAGCCUAAGGGGACUCUUUCCAGGGAAAGCUGGUUUCUUUCCCACGUGCUGUGUUUUCCUCAGAUGAUAAGCCUCCCUCCCUUGUGUGCACUGGAGGAGCUUCUUGGCUCUUGAAGCAGGUUCCCUCUGCAUGCUGGCAAGUCAUAUUUUGCAGCAUGACCCUUCCAUAUGGGGGAGACUGUGCAGGGACCCUGACCUCUUCCAAUUCCAAUAUUGGUGACUGGAUGACAACAAAAAGACAAAAAUAAUAGGGCUGGUGGCAUUUAGGCCACACUGAGGCACCAAGGACAAGCACCAAUCCAGACCAACCCCUUGUCGGUGUGGCUCAAAUCUUCAUUGGAGAGACCAACACAAUAGCUUUUAAUUCAGCUGCAUGACCUGUGCCUUUGAAGUCAAAAGAUACCUCAAGCCUAGCUUCUCUUGAAAUGCAGGUGUUGCUGUUGAGCUCCAAAGAGCAGGCUUCAGACUUGGGAGCCCAAGACCUGAUGGCCUUGCUUUUAAGGGACAUGGAGAAUGAUGUCUUUCUCAGGCCCAAAGCUUAAAGAUAAUGCAUGCUUCGCUGAGCACCCCGUAGGCCUUAGACCUGUGAUAUCAGGUAUACUGUUCUGCAUGUCCGUUUCUUGCUCCCAAGUAGUAGAGACUGGGGGAAACUUUUAUAUUCAGCUAAGGAAAAUCUUGUCAUGUCAGGUAAAUAUGGCAAGGAGAGAAGUUUUCUAAUUUGACAUCAUACUAAUAAAACUUUGUUAAAGAGUAUGAUCGUGUUG